UCCAGACACAGUGGUUCAACUAGUCUUAGUGAGAGAGAGAGAGAAAGAAGCUCACAGCUAGAGAGAGAAUGGUGAAGAAAAUGGCGUACAAUUGGAAGUCAUGGUGGAGGCCCCUUCACAAGAACAACUACUUGGUAAUCAAGCUGGGUGUCUCUGUUCUUUUAGUGGGUCUCGCAUUUACCCUUCUUUUCAACAGAUCCUCUGAUUUUCCCCCAAUUUCAGACACCCCUUUUCUUCAAAACCCUCAUAUUUCUGAAUCCCCUGUUAAUUCAAUCGUUUCUCAGCAAAAUUCAGAUCAGAUUCCUCCACAAGUUGCAGAAAACGAGAGAGAAGAAUCUUUCGAAAGUGAAGGGAAGUGUAAUAUAUUUAGGGGGGAUUGGGUUCCUGACGAGGCGGGACCUUUCUACACAAACACGAGUUGCAGCCACAUUGAAACCCACCAGAACUGUAUGAAGAACGGGCGGCCGGACACGGAUUAUCUUUACUGGCGAUGGAAGCCACACGGUUGCGACUUGACCAGAGUUGACCCUAAGAAGUUUCUAGAGUUCGUGAGGAAUAAAAGUUGGGGCUUUAUUGGUGAUUCGAUAUCGAGAAACCACGUCCAAUCGUUCCUUUGCGUGCUCUCUACGGUCGAAAAGGCGAAGGAAGUUUACCACGACGAGAGCUACAAAUCCCGCCGCUGGUUCUUCCCCUCCCACAACUUCACCGUAUCAGUUCUGUGGGCCCCAUUUCUCGCCAAAGCCGAAAUUUUCGAAGACAUGAACGGAGUUUCCUCAUCGGAAAUCAAACUCCAUCUCGACAUACUCGAUAAGAAUUGGACUGAGCAAUACAACACCUUCGACUACACAAUAUUCUCUGUUGGCAAAUGGUUCAUCAAAACCGCAAUAUAUUACGAAAACGACACUAUAUUAGGUUGCCACCAUUGCCCCCAAGCCAAGAACUUCACCGACCUAGGAUUCAACUUCGCAUACAGAAAAGUAAUGAGAAACGUAUUCAACUACAUUACUACAAAAUCGAGCACUAAAGGUGUGAUCUUUUACAGAACUUCAACUCCGGAUCACUUUGAAGGUGGGGAGUGGUUUAGUGGUGGGAGUUGUAAGAGAAAAUUUCCUUCGAAAAAAGGGGAAUUCGAGUUGAAUGAAUUGGUUAGGAUUUUGAGGGAGAUCGAAUUAGAUGAAUUUGAGAAGGCUUCGUUUAAAGCUUCGGAAAAUGGAGUGAGUUUGAGGCUGUUUGAUGUGAAUCCCAUGUCUUUGUUGAGGCCCGACGGGCACCCGGGCCCGUAUAGAUUUUAUCAGCCGUUUGCUGAAGAUAAGAACGCGACUGUGAUUAAUGAUUGCUUGCAUUGGUGUUUGCCUGGUCCAAUCGAUUCUUGGAAUGAUCUGUUGAUGGACAUGUUGCUCAAUGGUUGAGAAAAAAAAUUCAGAUUUUUCUUAUCAGAAUUUUUUCUCUCUAAACUUUUUUUUUUCAAUUUAAAUUUGUACCGACAAAUAU